GAUGGUACGCGGUGUGCUGUCAUGUCUACAUAACGGCACUCCACACACUAUAGGAACAAUCGUGUUAAAGCAUCGAUUUUUUCAUCCGGCUUAAAGCGCAUUUUAUAUCCAGACUGGUCUUAGGACCGAGUGAACGCCCAGCUGGUGCAUGAAUUGAUUUAUCUGAACAUUAGCUGUGGGAAUCCUACUUACAAGUAAAAAAUUUGUUCAUUCAACUUAUUUUGUAUAAUUUAUUUGUGUUGAGCCAACUAACUUUACUUGCUUUUUGUGGGACAAUACAAUUUUUUUACCAUAAUGAAUGAUGCUGACAGGAAGUACCAGUAAGUUUAAUGCAUUGGUACUUGCACUUGAUUUACUUGUAGAGUAAAGCUGCAUACAUGCCAACAUGGUAUAAACAUGCCACAUCACUAUGGUUACCCCCCAAAAAACUUCUGAAUUUAACAUUACAGAAUAACAUGUCCCCAUAACUUUCAUAUUAACACAGUUUAGUAAUUAAUUUAACAUUUAAUGUCUUCAUUUGUCAUGAGAGCAAAGCAUGCUGGGAACUCAAUCCUCUGCAGUUUCAGUUAGUGAACGAAAAAUAUUUGAUGUUGUCCCAACACAAAUGUAUUAAGUAAAUUAAGUAACUCAUCUUAAUUAAAGAAACUGAGCAAGGAGUUAAGCUGCUUAACUGAGUUAAGUAUUUUCAAAAAGAAAAGACUAAGUUAUGUCAAAGAGUUACCUAUUUAUGUCAGUAUUAUGCAUUGCAGUUGUGUUUAAACAAAAAACUAAAACAAAUGUGUAGCAUUGAACUAUACUACUUAAGCCAACUAACAACCUAACUAAACUAAAAUAUUCAAAAUAUGUGUUCUGCGUGUCGAGUGAUCCUAAAGUGUCUUGUCAAAAUAAGUGCCUGCUGCAGACGUGUCUGCCAGAUACUCGCAUAAUCUCAUGUGUAAUCAGAGUUUACUGUUAAGGGAGUGUCUUGCGUGUAUUUUGUGAACGUGAGCGUCUCUUUUAUCAUAAACGAUUUUGACGCAUGUGUAGCAGGCACUUAUUUUGACAAAACACGUGACGCACAUGGUUCACGUGACGCAACAAACACAUAUUUUGAAAACACGAGCAACAUAUUUUGAAUUUGCGCCCCCUCUAAAGAGUAUUCAUGAGCCACCACUGGCCCUUCUGCUACCCCAUUGGUGUCAAUGUUUAAAAUGCAUGUAAAGAAAGACACUUUGAUGCAGAAUAAGCGUGAAACACUGAAUGGAAACGUGAAGUAAUAAUAAUGUUAUUAUUUUUAUUCAAAUGGGAAUUCCACAAUUAAUAUGGAUAGACAACUUCUGGACCCCAAAGUGUUUCUCCAAAGAACAAUGUAGUACCGUUAAAUUAUUUGUUUUUCCCUUUACCCAAACACACUGUGUUGUAUUAGUGCUGAAGAUUGUAAAUAUGAAAAGUGUUUAUUUUUUCCCUAUAGUGAGGAUUGUUCUGCUGGGUAAAGAUGCAUCAGCAAACAGUCGAGUGGGAAACUUCAUUUUAGGAAGAUCAGCCUUUGGAAAUGAAUCUCCUCCAGAUGAUCAUCAGAUUGAGAGAGUCAGAGGAAAAGACAUGAUCAUCAUCAACUGUCCUCAUCUGCUCCAGCUGAACCUCUCAUAUCAUCAGAUCAUACAGACAGUGAGAGAGUGUGUGGAUCUGUCUCAUCCAGGACCUCAUGUCAUCCUUCUGAUACUACAACAUCAUGACUUCUGUGAGAAGGACAAACACCGGGUGAAGUCUGUGCUAAACUACUUCAGUGAUCAAGCGAUGAAACGCACCAUACUGCUGACUACUGAAACAGAAGCACACAGCUUCAAACACAGUUCUGUGAAAAACAAAGAAUUUUUCAAUCAAUUAAUAAAUGAUUGUGGAGGAGGGCAUCUUUACUUCAACGAAGGUCAAGAAGAAUGGUGCUCUGAAAUGUUGAGAAGGGUAGAUGAGAUACUCAAGAAAGAACCUGAAGAAUAUCUUGAAUGUGAGAUCUUUCUAGAUGCAGAUGAAUUCUCUGUUGAUCCAAAUCAGACUAUACACGAGGAGUCAACUGUCUUUGUAUCUCAAUACUGUGUUUUUUUUUUUUUUGCAGUAACUGAAAAGUCAAAUCUGAAUGUGGUGCUGUGUGGAACAGAUGAUGAAAAGUCUUCUAUGGCCAAACUUCUACAAAAUACAUUUUUCGGGAAGGCAAACGAAUGUCUGAUCAAUAUUGUUGAACUUCCAGCUCUGACUCGACUCUCAAAGGAUGACGUGAUGUGCCAGACUCUCCACUGUGUGUCUUUCUGUGACCCUGUUCAUUUAUUUCUCCUUAUUGUUCCUGGUAGUCCAUUGACUGAUAAAAACAAAGCUGAAGUAGAGAAGAUCCUGAAAAUAUUUGACUUCAGCAAGAACUUCAUGGUGAUUUUCACAUGUGAUGGAACUGAUUACAGAAGUGUGACAGAUUUUGUAGAAUCAUAUUCUGAAUUUAAGAGUUUGAUCAGUCUCUGUGGAGGACGCUACAGAGUAUUGGGACUGAAGGAAGAUGAAAUGUCCAAACAAAUUUCAGAUCUGCUGGAUUAUAUAGAGAACCUGAAGACUGAACCGUAUUCACUUCAGAUGUAUGUCAGAGCUCAAGAGAAGAGAGUAAGAGAAGAAACAAAGAAAAAAUAUGACGCAAAGCUCAAGAGAAUGGAGAAUGAAAUAAAAGAGUUAAAAGAGAAGAUUCAGCCAGGGUGUGUUGAAGAUGACCAAGAUGAUCUGAGGUGUUUGAGAAUCGUGUUGAUCGGGAGAACAGGAAGUGGAAAGAGCGCAACAGGAAACACAAUACUGGGAAGAAAUGAGUUUCAAAGCUUAUUAGGCUCGGAUUCAGUGACGAAAGUUUGUGAGAAGAAAGUUGGUGAGGUUGAUGGUCGAUUAGUAGCUGUUGUUGAUACUCCAGGUCUUUUUGACACAAAAAUGCCAAAUGAUAAAAUACAAGAAGAAAUCCUGAAAUGUGUUUCACUGUCGGCACCUGGACCUCACGCCUUCAUCAUUGUGUUGAGUUUGGGAAGAUUUACCAAGGAAGAAACAGACACUAUAGAUCUGAUAAAGAAUAUAUUUGGUCCUAAAGCUGCACAGUUUAGCAUCAUUCUGUUUACAAGAGGAGAUGAUCUUCAGGGUGAAUCCAUAAAAGAUUAUGUGAAGAGAAUUGACUCUGAAGAACUGAAGAAACUGAUCAGAGACUGUGGAGACAGAUACCUGUCUUUUAAUAACAGAGAAACACAAGACAGAACUCAAGUGACUCAACUUUUGAAAAUGAUAGAGAUGAUGAUUACCACCAACACAGACCAAUAUUUUAGUAACAAAAUGUACCAAGAUGCAGAGAUGGCCAUUAAUAAGAAAGUGGAGGAAAUACUGAAAAAAAAGGAGAGAGAAAUUCAAGUUCAAAAUGAGGAAUUACAAGUCAAACAUGAAACACAAAUGAAAGACCUCCUAAAGAGACUGGAGGAAGAGAAAAGAAAGGCAGAUGAAGAGAGACAACAAACAGAGAACAAGUACAGACAAAAAGAGGAAGAUCUUGAAAAAGAGUUUGAGGAGAGAGAAAAAACGGCACAGCAGAAACGAGAGAAAGAAAAGCAGAAACAAUUACAGGAUGAAGAAAAACGAAAAGCUGAAUAUGAUCAGAAAAUUGAAGAGAUGAAGAGAGAAAUUGAAUGCCAGAGAUCACAGUAUGAAAAGAGAGAGAAAGAGAGAGAAGAGGAGGAUAGAAAGAGAGAAGAGAAAUACAGACAAGAUCAAGAGAAGAUGAAACAUGAACAAGAACAAAUAAUAGCAGAAUUACAAAAGAAACAAGAGGAGGAGAUUAAAAAGAGAGAUUUAGAUGAACAAAAAAGAAGUGAACAAGAAGAGAGAGAGAAACAAGAAUGGGUGACAAAAAUAAAAGAAGCUGAAAGUGAAAGAAAAGAGACUCAAGAAGAAAUUAAACAGCAACAGAGAGAAUGGGAGGAGGAGAAGAAACGACAGAUGAGAGAACGAGAAGAAGAUGAGAGAAAAAGAAAAGAGACACACGAGGAGCAACUGAGAGAAAAAAAAGAAGAACUGGAGAACAUGAGAAAGAAAUUUGAGAAAGAGAGAGGAGAAGAGAGAAAAAAGAGAGAAAUGGAGGCACAGAAACAGAGACAAGAAAGAGAAGAGAAAGAAAGAGAAUAUAAAGAGAUUACAAAUGAAAUGAAAAAGCGUUACGAGAACCUGGAGCGAGAGAGAAAAGAAGAGUGGGAGAAAAAAAAACAAGAAGAUGAUGAGAAAAGAGAAGAGGAGAGAAAGAGAUGGGAGAAAAGAAAUGAGUAUAUAAAAAGAGAAAAAGAAGAAUAUAUCAGGAGAAGAGAAACCCAGGAGAGGGAGAGAAAAGAAAGAGAGGAGAAAGAACGAAAAGAAGUGAAGGAGAAACACGAGCGGAGAAUAAAAAAGAUGAAGAAGAAGCAUGAAGAUGAAGCCAGAAAACAAGCAGAAGAAUUGAAUGAAUCGAAUGAACAAAUAAAAGAGCUACAAAAACAAGUUGAAGAACUGGAAAAUAAAUUGCAGGCCUCGUGGCACUGUGUAACUAUGUAA